AUGCCAAAGCCAAAGAACAAGGCAUCCAAGCCAGGCAAAGUAGAAGCUUUAGCGACAACAUCACAAGUUCCACCAUCAUGGCCUGCUUUCAAGCCGCCUCUGCCUGUAGUCGACCUUUCUCCCGAGCCGCAUCCUCUAACAUCAAAGGUGGUUCUCAUACCUUCGUUCUUCCCUCGAAAUCUCUGUCGUGAGUACGUUGGUUUCCUCAAGACCUUGCCUCUCCAAACAACUCCUGGUCGCCCCAAACGGGGCGAGGCAGUGAGAGUCAACGACCGCUUCCAGAUUGACAGCCAGGAUUUUGCCAUGCGAUUGUGGGAGAAAACCGGCUUGAAGGAGGCUUUGCUCGAGGGUGAUUUCAACGACAAAUGGGGCGGCGAACCAGUCGGACUAUCCCCGAAUAUUCGCAUAUAUCGUUAUUCAAAGGGACAAUUCUUCGACUGCCACUACGACGACUCCAAUACUCUCACCCUGCCACUCGACCCGCCAAUACCGGUUAAAACCACGUGGACCCUUCUUCUCUAUCUAACAUCUGCCGCAGAAGGCUGUGUCGGAGGCGAGACAGUGUUUUACCCAAGGGAUCGCAGAUCACCUCGAGAGGAGAUUGCCGUCCCCCUUGACACAGGCAUGCUUCUUCUACACAAGCAUGGCGAUGACUGUCUUCUUGUUUUCGAAUAG